CAGGAGGAGGAGAAAGUGAGAGGGGAGGAGUGCGGGAGGAACAGGGAGAUGUGAUCGAGAGGAGCGCGCGGACUGAUCCCGAACGAGCCGAAAGUCACACCGGCGAGCGAGCGCACUCCCGGAUCACGUGGGAAGUGGAAUUAACACGGGGGGGGGGAGGUCGAAGUAAAAGUGUCCUUGGGAGCGACUUCUACUUUGCACUUUGUGUCCCGUCCUCUCGUUGCCUUUCGACCCCCGCCCGCCCGCCCCGCAUUCCGAGCAGCGGCUGUGCGUUAAUGCCCCAACGCACCCGAGCGGGAGAGGAAGGAGAGAAAAGUGAGGAAGGAGAAGCAGAAGAAGUAGUAGUAGCAGUAGUACGGAGGCCUGGACGCCCCCCAUCCUCGCCCUUUGGCGCUCUGUCCCCUCUCCCCCCCUGGCCCUGCAUGGACGGGGAUGGGGAGAGCCGGAUGCUGUUGCCGCGAGGCUGAGCGCCUCGCCUCUCCGUCUCCGGGGCGCCGCUUCCGGCCGCUGCUGCUGCUGAUCAUCGCUCUCUGCGGCGGUGCUCGCAUAGGUCAGUGCCAGGUAGCGGCCCCCCAGUGCCGAAUCCAGAAGUGCACGUCCGACUUCGUCUCUCUGACCUCCCACCUGACGCCGGCCGUGGAUGGCUUCCACGUGGAGUUCUGCAAGGCUCUGCGUUCGUACUCUGCCUGCACCCAGAGGACCGCCAAGUCCUGCCGGGGGAACCUGGUCUUCCACUCGGCCGUGCUGGGCAUCUCGGACCUCAUGAGCCAGAGGAACUGCUCCAGAGACGGGCCUACGUCCUCCACGCACCCCGAGGUGCCACACGAGCCCUGCAACUACCACAGUCGCACCCAGCACGCCCACGCGCACGCACACGCCCACGUGCAUGCGCACUCACACUCGCACUCCCACGGCCACGGGCACGGGCACUCUCUGCCAGUCUACCUGUUCUGCGGGCUGUUCGGUGACCCGCACCUGAGGACGUUUAAGGACAGCUUCCAGACCUGCAAGGUGGAGGGGGCGUGGCCUCUCAUCGAUAAUGACUAUCUAUCGGUUCAGGUCACGAAUGUUCCCGUGGUAACUGGAUCCAGCGCCACAGCAACCAAUAAGAUCACCGUCAUCUUCAAGCCCUACGAGGGUUGUACGGACCAGAGGGUCUACCAGGCCGUCACAGACAGCCUCCCCGCCGCCUUCGACGAUGGAACGGUGAGCAGCGGAGACCCCAUCCACCUCUCCGCUGGCGCGGAAGGGGCGACGGGGAAGGUGCGGGCUCUGUGGAUCUCCGAGCGCAGCCCGGGGCGCCACGUGGAGCUGCACGCCGGCUACAUCGGCGUGACCGUCAUCGUUCGCCAGCUGGGCCGCUAUCUGACCCUGGCGGUGCGGAUCCCGGAGGAGCUGGCGCAGGCCUACGACGCCACCCAGGACCUGCAGCUCUGUCUGAACGGCUGCCCCGGAGGAGAGCGCAUCGACCGGGCGGGCGACCUCCCCCUGCGGCCCGGCUUCUCCCCCGGGGCCACGCGGGCCUUCAGUGUGGAGAGGGCGAAGGACCGCUGCAGGGAGCAGCUGGACGUGGAGGACAUUUACUUCCACUCCUGUGUGUUUGAUCUCCUCACCACCGGGGAUGCUAACUUCACGGCGGCGGCGUACAGCGCCCAAAAGGACAUGGAGAGUCUCCACCCUCACAGGGACCGAUGGAGGAUCUACCCCCGCGGCGCUGCCACCUCCGCAUUGCGCCCGGACUCUCCACCUGUUGGGCGGCUGGCUGUGCUCCUGCUGUGUGCUGUGAGCGUGGCGUUGAUGUAGGAGGCCUGUGUUUGUGUGUGUAAAGAGAGAUCAUUUGGGGAGCUUUGUUGAGCACUGAUACUUCGCAGCGCUGCUUCUUCUCGCGGGUGGAGAGGAAAGCGCAGGCUGGACAGCUAGUGGGAACUAGUGUUUUUGGCACAGGAGAUACUGGCAAUGUUAAGUGCAUCUUACCUGGGCAGAAUCAGACCUCUGGGGAAUAAAAAAAACGAGUUAUCAUAACUGUCUCAGCUUUUUAGACCAUACACACGACAAGGACACAACUGUACCUGUGUUUGGAAAUACACCCCAAACUGUAAAUAGCUUGUCUUCAGUGUAAUGACGUAGUUUUUUUUUUUUGUGCCAUUAAAUGUGAUUUAUCUUUAAUACCUCAGACAGAGGAUGUAUGUUUUAACAGAAGCACUUUAUAUAUUUUUUUUAAUUAUUAUUUUUUUAACAAAUCCACAUCAGUGUUUCUUCUCACUUUUCUUUCCUCUACCAAACUCGCUAAUGGCUCAAGUUUUAGAGGCCAUCAAUAAUUUGAUUUUUAAACCUUUCAAUGUAAGAGUUUGUGGAACACAAGGAGCCAUUUUUGUUUAAAUCUUCCAGGGGCUGAUUGAACUCCGUCUCCGUUUUACGUCAAUCAAUGUCAAGUGUUCACUUUUGAAUGUUUUAUGAAUAUUGUCACAGCAAAUGCCAUCAGUACCAUUUUGUUGCCGUAGGAAUUUGUUCUUUUUCUACAUCAUGAUUUUCAGAUAGUGAAAGUGUGUAAGAAUGUGUGCGUGUCAGUUUCUUUUUCUUUUCUUUACCUGUAGUUACUUGGGUGUGUUUUUUUUUUUUUUUUCUCUGAAAAUCACGUCGGAGGGAUUUCACUUUUUUGGCAAGAGGCAUCGCUCAUGUAUGUCGUUCUCCUCUUUCUUUGACGUGUUCAUUUGAGCCAAAGACCGAUAAUGUAUGGUUUUGUACCUAUAAGGGAGAUCAAAACUCCCCACCAAACCAGCACCCUCCAUCUCCUCACACUAUCUGCUCUUUUUGUUUGUGAAGUUGCUACUGUAGACUGUUUUACUCUUUCGACCGGAUUCGAUGAGCUGCUCCUUACUGGUGUACUUGUAAGAUACUGGAGUGAAGACGAAAUAGUGCAAAUCAUUUGAGAACUUAACACGCCAUCUGCUGAGAUGUGAGCGUUAGCAGUGUGUUGUGGCACUAUGGGCCUUUACAACAUACAUGUAACAUAGAUAUACAUUGUGUAUAAUUAUGCCCUGUUUGGUUGACUGUGAUCAGCUUCAUCUCAGUUUCUGUGUUCUCUUGCAUCAUGUGGGAGUGUCAGUUUGGUGACGAGUGAUUGGUCAAUGUUGAAAUACUUAACUUAUUUAUGAACGUAGUUUCCUGUAGAGGAAGUUAAGCUCCAUAUUCUUGCUGUUGGAUAAUAAUAAUAAAAAUGUCACCUGUGAUUUUACUGCCA